AUGAUAAACAUACAAGAUGGCUUCUAUUUUCUGUUUUUGACGUUUAAAACAGUUGAAAUUGAAUUUCUAUGUGUGACUGACUCUUGAUUUUAUAAUUUUUAUAUGUGUAAAUAUUUAUUAAUAUUGACAUACCUAUUUAACUGAUCUAUUUUCUGUAAUAGUUUUACCAUGGAAGUGGAUGGGGCUGAAAGCUGGAGUAAUAACUCCUCGGAUGGUGGAAAGUUUGCUAAUUUGAAAGCAUUUGUGACUGCUGCGCGGGAAUUCGAAGCCUCGCACAGUGAAUCUGCUGUAAAUUUGAUGACUCGGUAUUUAGGACUCAUAGCUUCAUCAUGUGAUCUGUCAAUAUUCUCCCCUGGUCGUUCAGAAGUGUGUGCAUUCUUUAGCUCACUUUGGAGGGUGAUGUCGGAUAGACGAGGACCUCAUUGGGCUGGUGUCGCUGUGUUGGCACGAGCCUGUAUAGAGCCUAAUGCUAGACAUGCUCUUACACAUACUUAUAGAUUUAUGCCAAUACUAGCUAGAUUAUUAUCAGAUGCUGUUUCAAAUGACAAGAAAAUAAAACUCUUAUCUGUUAUGCAGGAUAUAUCAUAUGGAAUAAAAAUAAGUUGGCAGGAAUCAUAUCUAUCUGGACUUAUGAAGCAACUGACUGACUGGAUAACACAGCCAAUGACUGAGCCCCAACACAGGACUAUUGGUCACAAAUCUCUCACAGUGCUGGUCAACGUGUGCUACGGAAACCUGCCUGCUAUAUACGCACUCAUGAGGACAGUUGAUACAAAGGAUUUUGUAGUUCAUUUAAUAACUUUAAAGGAUGGUGGUUACGGUGGAGUGGAGGUGUGUAGACUGCUGCUUUGCCUGUCCGGGGCGACGCGCGGAGCGGCGCCGCGACAACCAGACGCUCAUAGCUACCUCUGCUGCACCAUGCGGACAUUCAACAAGGCCAUUGUUGAAAGAGACGCAGUACAACUUCUGCAUGCGUAUACAUUUAUCAACGAUCUCUGCACGGAUGCAAAUCUGCGCACUUUCGUUCUCGCGUAUCCACACUUCAAUCAACCAUUACAAGAUGCAAUCAAGGACAUAGAGGAUUUAUGUUUGGCGUGCCAGGACGACGCCGGCGAACCAGAGAACGCCACCAAUUGUCUGCGGAAUGUACUUAAAUUCCUCACAGUUUUAAUUAAUUUAGAUCUGUACUCGCUGAGGUGUCACCACGGUCCUUUGAUAUGUCUAUGUGUGCGAGCCAGCCGUUGCUGUCUGCCCGAAGCGCUGGAGUUGUUUGCUGCUGUUGUCUCACAAUACAAAGAUGAGGGUCGUCUUCCGCAAGAGUUGAUCUCAGUGAUAAAUGAAGGGCUGCCGAGUCUGCUGGUGCCGCCCACGCUUGAGCCGGGGAAGGCUGGACUGCAAUGGUUGCAAGUAGUGAGUGCCCUGUGCGAGUCGAGCGAGACGCAGGAGCGAGUGUUGCAGGAGGUCACGCCGGACAACUUCGAGGACACCUUAUACAGCGUGCUCCAGUAUACAUCACAGAACGGUCCAGUGGGUGCGGAGGCAUCACAGCAGGCCGUUGUGGUGGGAUGUAAGACAGCUUUGUCCCUCGCGCCUAUGUCGAGGGAUUGGGAGGCGGCUCUCAACAGGAUGCUGGCCCAUCAUCAGGUUAGGAAGUUGUUAUGCGCUGGCAUUACGAGUACCAAUGGCGUCAGGCGGCGACAAGUGUUGCAACUAGUCAAACAUCACUACUUCCCAUCAGAUCAGAUGAACCAGGUAUUCGGUGAAACGCUCCAUGGCAUGUCUGAAGUGAGCAUCGAAUCUCUCGGUAACCUGAGUCAGGCGAGCGGCGCUUGCGCAGCGCGCGGGGAGUGUUGCGGCGCGGGCGCGGGCGCGGGCGCGGGCUCGUGGUGCGGCGCGGGCGAGGCGCGCGUGGCGCCGGCGCGGGAGCGCGCGCUCGACCAGCUGCUGCACGCGCUGGCUGACGCGCUGCGGGACGGGAAGAUAUCUGACAUCGCGACGUCGAGUGUAAUGGAGCUCUACGGAUACAAGAUGACCUGUCUGGAACAGAGACUGCAUUCACACACGGUCGCUUUGCAGGGUGCGAGCGAACACAUGGCGUCCCUUCAGCACGCACUCGCGUUGCUGCAGGCGACCAACUCCUCACAGCAAGACGUUUUAUACUCCACUCAGAUGCAGAGUGAAAGACAUAAAAAGACGAUUGAAGAACAACACAAGCAAUUGGAAGAUGCAGAGACGACGUUACGUGGGUUUCGAGCGAAACUGGCGGCGGAGAGGCUCGACAAGGAGAACCAGAAGGAGAAUUUACACAAAGAGUUUAGGGCGCAACUGACUAAUAUUGAGAACGAAAUGAAAGCUCGCGAAAAAGAGGCGGAGGAGAGAUUGCGAGUCGCGGAAGCUGAAAAUAAAACGCUACAAAAGAAAUUAGAACAACAGACAAGCAAAAACAGCGAGCUGGCGGGCGUUCUGAUAAAGUUCGAGGAGCGAGUGAAGCAACGCGACAAGAGGCUAGAGGAGGCCGCCGCCGCAGAACACGCGCUGCGCAGGGAGAUAGAACACAGGGACACGACGAUAAAACAACUAGAGAAGACCGUGUUGGAACGUGAGAACCGCCUGUACCAGGUCACCACGCAACUAGAAGAGAUGAAACGAGUGCAGGAAAUGGUCGCGAAGCUGAUGAGCAAGAGCACCAGCUCGAAUUCAAACAGCAGUUAGCUACUACUGCCGCCCUGAUGCCGAGAGUGAAUGAAACCAAGCCGAGGACGCUCCAUUCCCGAGUGAAUGAAAUUGAAACUAUUUAUAUUCUACAUUGUGAAGAUAUUAUUUUUAUAAAUUUCAUAUUGUGUAUAUGAACUCAAUUAUGGUAUGAUAUGUGACUGAUGAAGGAUAUUUGUAUAGUAUAUUUUGCGACAAAUAAAUUGGAUUGAUAUAAAA